AUGCAUAUCACCCAAUGGGUGAUAUGCAUAAAGGUGCUGAUUUGGCAGGUUGCCCACAAAAAAUGCGUUGAUUACACUCCAACAGCCUGUGCUGAAGAAGAAACAAUCACAGAAGAAGCAUCUGGAAGUGCAGGACCAGUACUGAAAGCUACCACAAUGAAAGCCGGACCCAUAGCUGCUUUGACGGUGCCAAAUUUGCCUGACGAGGGCGGUCCGCUAAAGCUAACUGCACAGGCUUUUGUAAUAAGAAAUGCAAGGACUGUACUAACACAUGCUCAACUGAUAGCGAUAUACCAUGCUCAGGUAGAAUCCGGGCAGCGAAUGUCAGUGAGAGAGACGGAACUCUCUGGUACCACUGACAAUUGA